CUGCGCGCCUGCGGAGAAGCCAAAGGUCAGGGGUUGUAGAGCCGUCAUGGCGGCGCUGUGUAGGACCCGUGCUGUGACCGCAAAGAGUCAUUUUCUGCGAGUGUUUUUCUUCUCUCGGCCCUGUAGAGGCACAGGCACUGAAAGUGGCUCCGGAAGCGAAAGUUCUGAUUCCACGGAGCCUAAACAGCGCCCAGGCGGCUUCGCGAGCGCUUUGGAGCGGCACUCCGAGUUGCAGCAGAAGGCGGAGUUCGGGCGGAUGAGAGGCUCUCCGAAAAAUAUGGAGUCCUUCGCAUCUAUGCUGAGACAUUCCCCUCUUACACAGAUGGGACCUGCCAAGAAUAAACUAGUCAUUGGACAAAUCUUUCAUAUUGUGGAGGAUGAUCUUUAUAUAGAUUUUGGCGGCAAGUUUCACUGUGUGUGUAAAAGACCAGAAGUGGACGGAGAGAAAUACCAGAAAGGAACCAGAGUCCGACUGCGACUAUUAGAUCUUGAACUCACAUCUAGGUUCCUGGGAGCAACAACAGAUACAACUAUCCUAGAAGCUGAUGCAGUUCUGUUAGGACUCCAGGAGAGUAAAGACUCAAAAUCAAAAGAGGAACGUCAUGAAAAAUAAAAGAACUUUGCUUAGUGCAUUCCCUCCUUUUUUGUUGAACCCAGGUAUUAUUCAUCAAGAAUGCAAUUAGACAAUUAUGAGUAAAUGAUUGAAAGGCAUAAUAAAUGGAAGCUAUAAUUAUA